CCUGCAAAAAUAUGUGAGAAAAAAAAAAACUAAAUCAAUUCGAGUGAAAAAUUCGAGUUGAAAAAGAAAAAUCAAACAAAAUAAUUACGUGAAAAGUAAAAAAGAAAAUCAUUGGAAAAACAAAAGAAAACAGUACCAGAAAAACAAACAAACAAGUGCAAAAAAAGUAAAAAGAAAAUAAAUAAAAACACAAAUCCUCUUAACAGAAAGAAAACGAUGGAAAAUAAAACCAACAUGACAAAGGUGACCAGAAAGUGAGUGAAUCUUAACGGAAAGGUCACAUCUCUCUCUCUCUCUCUCUCUCUCUCUCUCUCUCUCUCUCUCUCUCUCUCUCUCUCUCUCUCUCUCUCUCUCUCUCUCUCUCUCUCUCUCUCUCUCUCGCUAAGGUCAAUGAGGAGUCCGUUUGGCAAGAUGAUCUCACCUCCAUCACAGAGAGGGAGGGUCAGAUGGCCUUGUCAAGUCUUCCUUCUACUAAUCCUGGUGGUGGCGGCGGCGGGGGACGAGCAAGAGUAUAGACUGACGCGGUACCUAAUGGCCAACUAUGAUCCCUCCGUCAGGCCUGCCAGGAACUCCUCCCAGGCGCUCUCCGUGGUGUUCGGCGUGUCCCUGCACAGCAUCAUUGACGUGGAAGAAAAAAACCAGAUCCUCACCACGAACUGUUGGCUGACACAGGUGUGGAGUGACGCGCAUCUCACCUGGAACGCCUCAGACUUCGGGGACAUCCAGGUGAUCCGUGUGCCCUUCCAGCGAGUGUGGAAACCCGACAUCAUCCUUUACAACAACGCGGACGCCCAGUACUCUGCCGCCACCAUCAACACUAACGUGAUCGUCACCUCGAGCGGGGAGGUGACGUGGCUGUCUCAUGGCAUCUACAGGUCGUCUUGUGAUAUGAACGUUGAGUUUUUCCCCUUCGAUGUUCAAUCCUGCAAGAUGAUGUGGGCGUCCUGGACCUACGAUGGGUACCAACUGGACCUCAUAAAGCAGAUGGACACCGGGGACAUGUCCAACUAUCAGUCCAACGGGGAGUUUGACUUGGUGGCGUUCACUGCAGCCAAGAACAUCACCUACUAUUCGUGUUGCCCGGAGCCUUACCCUGACAUCACCUUCACCAUCAAGCUCAGGAGGCGCCCAAUGUUCUACGUGUUCAACCUCAUCCUGCCCUGCGUGCUUAUCAAUGGCAUAGCCCUGCUAGUGUUCUACGUGCCCAGCGAAUCCGGAGAGAAGGUCACACUGGGUAUCUCCGCGCUGCUCUCCAUGACCGUGUUCCUCAUGACCAUCCGAGAGUCCCUGCCGCCCACUGAGAAGACCCCGCUCAUCAGUCUGUACUACGGCGUCACCAUCUGUCUAGUGAGUCUGGCGUCCGGGAUGUCGGUGUUGACCCUCAAUAUCCACCACCGCGGCGUGAGAGGGACGGAGGUGCCCAGGUUUAUCAAGAAAAUGAUCCUAGGAGGCCUGGCUCGCUUCCUCUUCCUCCACUUCCACCCGCCCGAAGCUGCCCCGCCUCCGUCCCAAGAGGAGAAGGAGAAAAGUAUCCACCUGAAUGAUCUUCGCCCGGAGCUCGGCGUGCGGCUGGACUCCCUUAGCGCCGAGAAAUUCCACGUGACCGAAGUGGACAACGUGGACCUGUUCAACGUGUCGCCUAGAUUCAACCCACGCCGCCACGCCCCCCACGGCUACGAGUGCACCGCCCCCACGCCCACGCCCACGGCUGCUCAGAAUUCAGACUUCGAGCAACAGUUCCUGCGAGUUCUAAACAAAGUGUACCAGACGAUAGAGAAGAAUGAGAUGAGACUCGCGGAGCAGGACAGGAGAGAGGCAACGAGAGUGGAAUGGCAACAGGUAGCGCUAGUGUUUGACAGGUUCCUCCUCGCCUGCUUCCUGCUCUCCACAGUCAUCGCAACCACCACCAUCCUCUUCUCCUCCCCUCAUGGUCCCUGACGCCCCCCAGCCACCGCCCCUCAGAGCCCCCGUC